AUGCGCACCCUUAGCCAUUGUCAGCCUACGCUACCAUGCUUAGCAGUAGGCUGCACCCGCCAUUUCCAUAAUAGGUCCGGGCGCACUUCCCACAUGCGAUCACAGCAUGAAUCACAGACUUUCCGACUGCCACACCAUUCAUCCUCCAGUUCCAGUAGUUCUCCCCCACCUGCUAGUUGCAAGCGCAAUUCAUCAUCAGCGUCUCAGUCUGGCCCUGAACGUCCCUUAUUUGACUCAACAUAUCAUUCACGCAGCCGGAGCAGAUCAGAGGGAGCUUCUGACAGUCGCACUCAGGCUAGUGGCGGUCGUGAUUUUGAUAUGGUGUUCAAUCCACCUGACUUGGAGGAUGUAACUAGGUCAUAUCAUCCCAUCAUUAACGGGAAUCCCAUACCCCCAGAUGCUCCACCACCUCCACGCCCAUCAGAUCGUGGAUCUGACGACUGGACGCCAUACAACGAUCGUGUCAAGUUUGAAGUUGCUGAUUUCCUGUACCAUCGCAACCAAAUGUCUGCAGGCGAUAUUGAUUUUGUAUUCAAUCUGUGGGCAGCUUCAUUAGCAGCUCACGGUGAUACCCCGCCAUUCACAAACCACACCGACAUGUACGACACCAUCGAUUCAACUCCUCUCGGUGAUGUUCCCUGGCAAAGCUUCAGCUCGCAGUACAACGGAAUUUUACCUGACGACCCGGAUGACAUUCCAUCAUGGAUGAAGUCUGAGUAUGACGUAUGGUUCCGAGACCCUCGGCUCCUGGUUCACAACAUCAUAUCAAACCCGGAUUUCAAGGACGAAUUCGACUAUGCACCGCUACAGGAGUAUAGCGUUAGUGAUGGAGCGCAUCAAUUUCAGGACUGUAUGUCCGGCGACUGGUGUUGGAAACAGGCCGACUUAAUUGCGCAAGAUCCGGAUACAAUAGGAUCGAUGUUCGUCCCUAUUAUCCUUGGAAGUGACAAGACAACAGUCUCUGUCGCCACUGGCCAUAACCAAUAUUGGCCGGUCUAUAUGUCCAUUGGCAACAUCCGCAACAAUGUGCGGCGUGCACACCGCAAUGGUGUCGUACUACUUGGCUUCUUAGCCAUUCCAAAAGCUGAUAAUGAAGACACCAAGGACGCACACUUCCGAAAGUUCCGCCGCCAGCUUCUACACUCGUCACUUGCAAAAAUGCUUGAAACCCUCAAACCUGGCAUGACCAAACUGGAGGUUGUCCGUUGCCCUGAUGGCCACUUUCGACGAGCUGUGUAUAGUCUUGGACCAUACAUAGCUGACUAUCCCAAGCAAGCACUGCUUGCAUGUAUUGUACAAAAUUGGUGUCCAAAAUGCACCGCACCAGCAGACGGUCUCGAUGAAGGCACAUAUGGCCGACGUUCCCGCAAUCACACCAAAGUUUUGGUUGAGGAAUUCGAACUAGGUGUUCUGUGGGAUGAAUACGGCCUUGUUGGAGACAUUGUGCCAUUCACUAAUUACUUUCCACGCGCCGACAUACACGAGCUUCUCUCCCCAGAUAUCUUACACCAGCUCAUCAAGGGAGCGUUCAAGGACCACCUAGUUAGUUGGGUGCACGACUACAUCGAAGCUCAAUAUACAGAAGCCAACGCGAACAAGAUACUGGACGACAUUGACCGUCGCAUCGCUCUAGCUCCAGCAUUUGCAGGCCUUCGACAAUUUCCAGAGGGUAGAGGAUUCAAACAGUGGACUGGUGACGACUCAAAAGCUCUCAUGAAGGUCUAUAUACCUGCUAUCGAAGGUCAUGUACCCAAAGAGAUGGUACAGGCUUUGCGAGCGUUACUCGACUUCAUCUACAUCGCUCGCCGCAACAUCAUCAGCUCUAACAGCCUCGACGCAAUGGACGAUGCCUUGAAGCGUUUCCACAGAGGAUUUAAUCUCCCUCGACAACAUUCACUCAUCCAUUACCAUAAGCUCAUUCAAGCGUUCGGCGCACCAAAUGGGCUUUGUUCGUCUAUAACAGAGUCCAAACACAUUAAAGCUGUCAAGGAGCCAUGGCGCCGGUCGAGUCGUUUCGAGGCUCUCAGUCAAAUGUUACUUACCAAUCAGCGUCUCGACAAGCUAGCCGCUUCACGCGUUGAUUUUGUUGACCGCGGGAUGCUACGAGGGACGUGUUUGUCAUACAUCCUCAACAAACUUGCCAGAUGGAUCUACCCAGAGCUCAUUGCAGAUCAGAUAGGUCAACCCAACUUCACAACUUUGAUUCAGCAUUUUCUGCGUGACCAAUGCCGUGCUGACUCUGACUCAUCUAGCUCUGACUCCUCCCGGUCUGCACUUCCUGAGAUCUACGAAAAGAUCACACUGUACACUUCAGCUGUGGCCACCUUCUUUGCUCCUAGCGAUUUAUCGGGGAUUGGCGGUAUGCGCUACGAGCGUAUUCGCGCUGUAGAUACGUGGAGAAAUGGCCCUGGGUGCUAUGAUUGUGUCUUUGUUAGCACUGAUUCGUCUGCCGAUGGCAUGCGCGGCCUCGACAUUGCUCGAGUGAGACUAUUUUUUUCUUUGAAGCAUGAUGGUAUCACGUACCCUUGUGCACUUGUACAGUGGUUCAAACGUGUGGCUGACUCCCCAGAUGAAAUUACGGGAAUGUGGGUUGUAGAGCCGGAGCUUCUUGAAGAUGGAGCACGCUGUGUGUCUGUCAUCCACCUUGAUAGUAUAUUUCGUGCGGCCCACCUUAUACCAGUAUUUGGGGGCGACUUUGUGCCAACCAAUCUCACUUACUCGCAGACACUCGACGCUUUUUGCACUUAUUAUGUCAACAAUUUCAUUGAUCAUCAUGCAUAUGAGAUCGCAUUUUGA